CGCACUUCUUGGACUGAAGGUCAGAGUGAAGCGGGCGGGCGCCCAAAGCUGCGCAGGCGCAGUUGCGCGCCAGUCGCCAAGAUGGCUUUCCCCAAAUAUAAGCCGUCGGGCCUGGCCACUCUGCCGUCUACACUCAACCCGGCGGAAUACGACAUAUCUCCGGAAGCCCGGCAGGCGCAAGCGGAGCGGCUGGCCAUAAGAGCCCGGCUUAAACGCGAAUACUUGCUUCAGUACAACAACCCCAAACGCCGAGGGCUCAUCGAAGAUCCUGCCUUAACUCGUUGGACAUACGCGAGAUCAGCGAACAUCUAUCCAAAUUUCAGGCCCACUCCCAAGAACUCACUCUUAGGAGCUCUGUUUGGAAUUGGGCCCCUAUAUUUCUGGUACUAUGUUUUCAAGACCGACAGGGAUAAGAAAGAAAAACUUAUCCAGGAGGGAAAAUUGGAUCGAACAUUUAGCAUCUCAUACUAAAUCCAGCAAUGAUGACUAUAUGUAUUCUUUCUGAAAUAAAUCCUAUAUUAAUCAUUA